GUUCGAUAUCGGGUUGCGAGCUUGUCUUUCGUUCUUUCGCGUCUGUACACUGCUCUCAUAUCGGCUGUAGUAAUUUGAGUAAGAGCUAGGAAACAUCUAGGAUAAAACCAACCAUGUCUCCUCUCCUACGCCUAGCAGCUGCCUUGCUCGGUGCAGUUGGUUCUGUCACCGCAGCUCCCGUCGAGCUCAAUGGCAGAGCCGUUUCCAACGACGUCUUCUCGAAGCUUCAAUUUUUCAGCCAAUACUCAGCCGCGGCGUACUGCCUGUCCAACAACAACUCGCCCAACACAAAGCUCUCCUGCGCCCAAGGAAACUGCCCGCUCGUCGAAUCCGCAUCCACCAACACCCUGACCGAAUUCGAAAACAGCAUCGCCACAGACAUAACCGGCUUCGUCGCCACCGACACCACCAACAAGCUCAUCGUGCUGAGUUUCCGCGGUUCGCGCAGCAUCCGCAACUGGAUCACCAACCUCGUCUUCCCCACCAUUCCCACAACCAUCUGCCCAACCUGCCUCGCAAGUAAGGGUUUCUGGUCCAGCUGGCUCGAAGCGCAGUCCAACGUGCUCGCUGCCAUCGCCACCGCAAAAGCCCAGUACCCAGACUACAAGAUCGUAGCUACAGGCCACUCCCUUGGUGGCGCACUCGCGUCCCUCGCCGCCGCCGUGCUGCGCAGCCAAGGCACAACCGUCGACCUGUACACCUACGGCGCGCCGAAAAUCGGGCUCGAGAGCAUUUCUCAGUACCUGAGCAACACCACCAUGGGUGCGACGUUCCGCGUCACGCACAAGAACGAUCCUGUGCCCAAGUUGCCGCCUGCGCUGCUGGGCUUCAGACACAUCAGCCCCGAGUAUUAUGUCACGAGUGGUGUGGAUGUGGCGGUUACGCCGGCGGACGUCAAUGUGCUUCAGGGCACGCUGAAUCUUAAGGGCAACGAGGGGGAUUUUGGAGUCGAUAUUGAUGCGCAUUUGUGGUAUUUUGGGGAGAUUAGUGCGUGUGAGGGCGCGCCUGGCGUGGAGUUCAAGUCAUGAGAUUUGAUGGAAUAUGGAGU